AUGCAAAAACUUGUUGAUGACGAUGAUGAUGAUGGGGGAGAAGUAGAAGAAAAAUUUGUAGAUGAAGAUGUGGACGAUAGUAAUGACGAUAAAGGUAUUGAAUUGUUAAUGUUAUUAUUAUUGGAUGAUAAUAGUGAUGAUGACGAUAGAAUAACAUUUAGAGGAGUUUUGUUUGUAGGAUCAAUUAUUGGUAUUGCUCUUUUUUGUUGUGGUGGUGUUAUAUUAAUGGAUUUGGACUGA